UAGAAGCAGCUUCGAGGGAGAGAGAGAGAGAGGGAGAGAUGGAGAAAGAGUAUCCAAAUGAUCUAUACAGGGAGUGCUUGAGAAACCAUGCAGCCAGCCUUGGCAGCUACGCCACCGACGGUUGCGGUGAGUUCACACUUGACGAUACCUCUCCUUCAAACCUACAAUGCGCUGCAUGCGGAUGCCACCGUAAUUUCCACCGCAAAGUUAGCUACUGUAGCGGCAGCAGGAGUCAUGGGGAUCCAGAAAACACAGUAGAACUGAUUGAUUACGGAGAUGGUGGCACCAGAGGAAGGCGGCCAGUUGUGGUGGAGUCAACCGAGGCUGCAGACAGAAGCGGGAAGAAGCGGUUUCGGACGAAAUUCACAGCGGAGCAGAAGGAGAAGAUGUCGGGUUUUGCUGAAAAGUUGGGGUGGAAGCUGCAAAGGAGAGAUGAAGAAGAUGAGGUCGAGAAGUUUUGUGGAGCAAUUGGGGUGAGUAGGCAAGUCUUCAAGGUGUGGAUGCAUAACCAUAAGAACUCUUCCUCCACUUCUUCUGCAUCCACAUGCAAUGUAUCUUCUCUAACAACUCAGUAGAGGAAUCCGGGAUCUGAAAUAUUUGUUCUCAUAAUUUGUUUUUCCAAUAUUUUUUAAUCCUUUUUCUUCUUUUUUGUUCAUGUUUGGUUAUCCUUAAUUUUCCUAAGAAAGCAAGCCAUCAUAUUUGUAAUUAAUUUGUAAGCAUGCAUAUUUCCCAAAACCUAAGGCAUGCAGAAAGCUUAAUUCAAUGGAUU